UUAGUCCGGUAACUUGGCCGAGCGAGCAAGACGCGUCAACGCCGAAACGACAAGAAAAAAAAACAUUUUAAAAAAACAAAGCGCAGUGAUGUUUGACAGGUGUCAAAAUCGUGUAUGCCUCUCGUGAAACUGUGAGGAAAAAAAAACGUAAAAUUAUAUUGGAAAAUUAAUCGUGUCAGUUCAAUAGUUCUUGGAGUUUUAUUUAAUUGAUUCGUCGCCGGAUUGUGGAGGCUGCGUACGCGCAAGAGUCGCGACGCUCUGGACUUGAAGAGCGUCAGUCGAGACCUAGAAGCCGCGCGGGCCAGACGUGCUACGAAUUAAAAUAAUAAAUGGAUAAAAAAGUGCAGUGAAGUGAAGCAAUGCGCGAGUGUUAGUGGGGUGCUAGUGAAUUUUUCUCGGAAAAAUUUCGCGGGUUUAUUUUUUAGUUUUUUUUGUUUGUUUGUUGUAAAUUAAUUCCGUAAAUAUGCAAGGUCGUGAUAAGUUGUGUGCGAAGCUUACGAGCGCUUUUUUGAGGAAGUGGUGGUUCGUGUUGGCUUCGGCAGUGGUGCUGCUGCUUCUGGGCAUCAUUUGUGCCAUAUUCUUCGGGUCUUGGGUGCGGCUGUUCAUAGACCAUGAGUUGGUCCUGCGCCCCGGCUCGAUGACGUUCGAGUGGUGGGCUCACCCCCCGGUCAGACCCUUCGUGCGCGUCUACGUGUAUAACGUGACCAAUGCCGACGAGUUCCUCAAUAACGGCUCCAAGCCCGUGCUCGACGAGUUGGGACCUUAUGUUUACUCUGAAGAAUGGGAGAAGGUGAACAUAACUGACAACGAGAAUGGGACUCUCUCGUUCCAUUACAAGAGGACCUAUACCUUCCAGCCUGAGUUGAGCAAGGGAUUGGACGACGAUGCAGUCGUUGUACCUAAUAUACCUAUGUUGAGCGCCACCUCCCAAUCGAAGCACGCGGCCCGUUUCCUCCGUCUAGCCAUGGCUUCCAUCAUGGAUAUCUUGAAGAUCAAGCCUUUCGUGGAAGUCUCCGUGGGUCAGCUCCUGUGGGGGUACGAAGACCCACUGCUGAAGCUGGCCAAGGAUGUGGUGCCUAAAGAACAGAAACUGCCCUAUGAGGAGUUUGGACUGUUUUAUGGGAAAAACGGCACCAGCCCCGACGUGGUAACAAUGUUCACCGGAUCCGACGACAUGUCGAACUACGGCAUCAUCAGCCGGUACAACAUGCGCGACAAGCUGCAGCACUGGACGACAGACCAGUGCAACAGCAUCGCGGGCUCUGAUGGAUCCAUCUUCCCUCCGCACAUCUCCAUGAACGAUACCCUCGCGGUCUACGACAAGGAUCUGUGCAGAUUGCUGCCUUUGAGGUUCCUCGAAGAGGUUACAUCAGCAGGUAUCCAGGGCUACAGGUUCACUCCUCCCGAGGAUGUGUUCUCGAAUGAUGACCACAACAGGUGCUUCUGUCCCGCUGGUCCUCCUUGCGCUCCUAAUGGACUGUUCAAUGUGUCGCUGUGUCAGUAUGACUCGCCGAUCAUGCUCUCGUUCCCCCACUUCUACUUGGCUGACCCGAUGCUCCGGGAGCAGGUGGAGGGCAUCUCCCCCCCGGAGCCAGAGAAGCACAGGCUCUUCAUUGACGUGCAGCCGGAGAUGGGCAUAGCGAUGCGAGCCCGUGCCCGCAUACAGAUCAACCUCGCCGUGUCUCAAGUCGUCGACAUCAAGCAGGUCGCUAACUUCCCCGACAUCGUCUUCCCUAUCCUGUGGUUCGAGGAGGGUAUCGACGAGCUCCCGGAGCAGGUGACGUCGCUGCUGCGACUGGCCACGAAGGUGCCGACCGUGGCGCGCGCGGCGCUCGGCUGGGGGCUCUCCGCGCUCGGCAUCCUGCUGCUGCUGCUGGCCGUCACCUGCCUCAUCAGAUCAUCCCACCGUCAAAGCACUCUCAGACUUGAAGGUCACGUGGUGGCCAAGCCUCCGCCGGCCAAGACUCCGAGCAAAGACGCCAACGGUUACGAGUUGAACAGUCGGAGAUAAUCAACAGUAAAUAAAAACAAUAACUUUAUUAAUAUAUAAAACAAGAGAGUUUCUGAUCAGCUCGAUAAAGUCACCUGUUUGGAAAGCCUGACCGGUUUUGAAAGUUUGAUUGACCGGAGUUGAAAGUUCGGUUGACCGGAGUUGAAAGUUUUGGUUGGAGUUGAAAGUUGAAAGUGAGUUAUGUUUUGUUGUUUUAAAAUUGUAUUUGUGUAAUUAUUAUUUUGUUCUAAGCGAAAGUUUUCAGUUAUAUAAAUAUUGCAGCAUUUUUGAUCGUAUAGAAUGACAUCCGUAAGUUUUGUUUAUGUAGGCUUUCCAAAUAUCAGCUUUUCAGAAAUUCGUUUUAAAACAAACCUGUCUUAAGACUACAAAUAUUUUAUAUUCGUGUUUAUAGAUGUCAUUGCGCAGGAGUCGAAUCUCAGAUCUUAUUGAGGGAAAAAAUAAAAAAAUGUCUCUAAAUACGAGUAUAAAAAUAUAGCUGAAAUACAUCCUCACUUAGUUUAAUAUUUAGAAUUAUAAUCUGUAGUCACAAAGUAUUUUUAAUCUAUAUUACAGUUGUGUUGCCAGACCAAAAAAUAUUUCCAAAAUGGCGACCGAGUCUUAAGACAGCGUUUUUUGUAUCAUCGCUGAUUAUUAAUUAAUUUUAAUUUGACAUUUUGAUAUUGUAAAUAAUUGUGAAAAAAUGGUUAAAAGAAAUGUCAUUUUUUAUGCAAUUGUUUUCGUUAUCAAAGAAAAAUUGUAAUAUCAUAUAGAAAAUAUUAUUAAUGAAAAAUUAUGACAUCGAAUAUAGAACAGUUUUCUUUUUAUUUAAUUUUUACGAUACGUUUUUCAGUUCAUGCAUUUGCGAUUCGAUCGUGCGAUUUUUAUUCGUUUUGUAUUUAAGAAUUAUUUUAUAUUGUUUUGUGUAUAUAUUUUUUAUCUUUUUGCUGCCUUAUUUACAUUUUUAUUUUUUUUAAUUAUUUGCAUUUUUACUAUUUAAUACAUCAGGUUAGACUUGUGUCUGGACUUACAUCACAAUUUUUUUUCAAUUUUUUCACAAAAAUCUUGUUUUGCGACAAAUAAUCGCGUCUUAGAAUCGCAAGUAUGCUCUGAACGAGAGAAUAUUAAUUUCAUAGUUUUGGAAUUUAUGAAUGUAUAAGCAUUUGCGUUUAUUUUUGUACCACCUUAUUUUUAUUUUGAACUUUUGAAGUUAAGGCGGUAAUUCAUAUACACUUUAUUGCGUUAUGUGGAUGUAUAAAAAAAUAUAUAGAGAUCAAUUUAAAAAAAGGUUUCUGGCUACUUUUUGAAAACUUUUUAUAUAUAUUUAUUUGUUAGUUUUUUUUUAAUAUACAUACAUAAAAUGAGACUUAUCCAUUAUUGUAUAAUGAUUCACCCAGGUAUAUCCAUAUUCUACUUUUAUAAAAAUGUCACCGCCUAAACUUCAAAAAGUUUUUAUACUAUUUUUUAUAUAAAUGUAAAAUAUAAAUGUCUUCGAAUGUGAUAAGAGAAUAUUCCAUGUUAAUAGAAUAAAUUAGUAAAAUAUUGAACAAAAUAUCGUAGAAAUAUAUUUACAAUUUGACAUUUUAUAAUGAGGAAAUUUUUACAUUUACAUAUUUUUUUUUGACACAUGUUGACAUAUCACUUAGAAAUGUAAUUUUUGAUCUGUAAAUAUUAAUUAUUGUUGGCAACUUGGCUCUGAUUAUGGCUAUGAAUUAUUUAACUUUCGACUUUUUUGAAAAAAAUCUUCCAUAUUUUUCUAUAAAUGGAUCUUUUGAUAAAUAACAACGUAUAAAAUUCUGUGGCUUAUGAUUCGUAGCUGUAAUCAUAGACAAUGGGCCAACAAUAAUUUUAUUUUUAAUUCUCUGGGCUUCGGGUUGCCAUUAAAAUCUUAAUAUAUCGGUUUUAAACAUAGAGGUGUUAUGUUGGGACUGCAUUGGUAUCCAUAUUUUAUCGACUAAAUUAUUUAGUUUAUUACUAAAACUAUAAAUCUUUAUAUGACUAUCUUUUACUCGACUAAACAAUUUAGUCGAUGUAUCGAUAAAUUUUUAGAGGUUAGACAAAACUAUUAUUUUUUUUAAUUAAAAAAAAAAACACUAAUUUACCGAUAGUUGCUAGUCUAUUACUUGUGGUCCGUCCAUCCUUAGCUUAAUAUAUUUUUUACCAAUAUCAAAGUUUCUUAGUUUUAGAAGGAGAGGUUGCUAUUUUAAUUUAAGAUUUUCUGAGCGUGCAAUUGUUUUGAAUAUAUUUUUGUUAACAACUUGGCCAAGUUUUACUUUUAGGCCAAGUUGCCAAACUGAGUCUGAUGUGUAUAUAACUUGGCACGAAUAGAAGAACAAAUUUUACUUUGACAUUCCACGGCCAAGAUUGGCCAAGUUUACAUUUGCACGUUCAGGCGUUUACGAAUAGAUUUUCAUUUAGACAAUAUCGAAAUCUAUUUUGGAAUACGUACUUAGACAUUAUGGAAAUGACAAUCAAAUGGUGUUCAUGCCAUAUUGACUAGACUUUUACUUUAGUUUGCCAAAAACUAGAAAGAGGUGCUUAACUGAUAAUGACAUUAAUAUUUCAGGAAUAUACCUACAUUUUUAUGUGCUUAUGUGAAGUGUGAUUAUUUUUGUUGAUCCAUCCAGUGUUUUUCGACAAGGUAUUGAAGUUAGGUAUUGGCUUGAUAUAAAUUAUGUCAAAUUUCAAUAUCUAAUCGAAAAACAGCGGAUGGAUAGGUUAUUAAAAUCCACUGUUAAAGAUUUGAGGGCAGAUCAAAAAAUUGUCUUCCAAUGAUAAGAUCUUUAUUUGUCAGUCACAAGGUUGAAAUUUUUUAUGAAGAUUACCAUUGAUUUAUAUGUAAAUGAACAUUGAGUUAUGAUAGAAAUACUAGAAAUUACAACUACUUUGACCAUCAUUAUAUUUAAUCAUAUGACAUUUUAAUAAAGAUUUGUGCCUCCAAGAUAGAUACAUGUUACUGUGUUGAGGAGAUCAGAUAGGCAAUCGCUCCUUGUGGCACACUGGUACUCAGCUGCAUCAGGUUAGACUGGAAGCCGACCCCAACAUAGUUGGGAGAAGGCUCGGCGAAUGAUGAGAUAUGCCAUGUCAGGGCAUUUUUCCUUAGAAAUACCUAUCCUAGUAUAUUUUAAUUCAAUGUUCGUUUAUGAUAAUUAUAUCCUGAUGUCUUUGAUAUAGAUUUUAGUAUGAGAAGUGGCUUUAAGAUUGAAGAUUGGUGCUAUAUAAAAGGCUUUAUUAAAUAGCCUAAACUCGGAUUUACAAAAUCAAAGUUUUUAUUACAUCACUGUUACUCUGCAAGCACACUGCAAGUUUUUAGUCGGCCGAUAGUUUGUUUGGGCUCAUAAAUCAGUAUGAAGAUGAAUGGUAGUACGCACAUUACAAAGAUCAGGUAUUUAGCCGGUAUCAGACCGACUGUGAUUGGAAUCAAGAUUUCCUUUAAAACGAAAAAAAAUUGACAACCAUCGGGUCACCUUUUAGCCGACUUUUUAGUUUGUAGUAUGUGUCUCUUAAAAUCACAAAAACGAUUUACCUAUUUUUAACAAAAUCUCGUAACGUAAGAAAACAUACUUAUAAAGAUAGACAUAUUUUGAAAAAACGACAAGUUUGACUAAUUUUCACACUUCUUUAGUCAAUACAAAUAUGAGAUUAUUGUCAGUUAAACAUAAAUUCUAAGUAACGCUACUUUGAAGGCUAAAGAAGUGUGAAUUAACUAGCAGUACUGAAUAACAAACUUUCCCAUUAUAUGAAAAAAGAGGAAAUGAUUUCAAGUCCUUGGUAAGGACUUGGCUAUGUAUAUUUUGUGUAAAUCAUUCAAAUAUCAAAUGAAACAAAUAUAUAGCCAAAAUAUUUUGUACCUUUCCUAUAUAUUUUUUGUAACAUUGAACUCGACAUAUCACUAUAAAACUUGGCCAAUGAGGCCAAGUAUAAACAUUGUAAACUUGACUAUUAAGGACUUGGCCAAAUAUAAAAUAGGCCAAGUCUACAAACUGAAUGAUUGUUGCUCAAAUUCAGUAAUUUAGAACAUCACUUAAUUAUAUUUUUAAAUAUUAAAAUUGUUCGUAAUUUGUAAAUAAAAUGAAGGUGUAAGAUAUA